UAGCAGAGGAGAGCGCGAGUAGGGGCCGCGCAGUUGUGAUGAGACCGAGCGGCGCUGGCGACACCUGGCUCUUGGUGUGCGCCCGCCCCCUGUGCUACUGCCUCGGAUUGUCUGCGGAGCCCAUGGGCCAGCCGCUGGGAGAGUGAGAGCCGCACAGCGAGGACAGCAGAGGACUGACGGAGCUCCUGACCCACAGCCCAAGCUUGACGUGACUGGGCAUGCACUGCAAGCUCUCAGCAUUCUGGGACCUCAACACUGCUGGUCUUGCUCAUGCCUGGGGCAUAAACAGGCUAAGGACUCCCUGGCCCCUUGUGUCUUUUCCUGUACCUGCUGUGGAACUGUGGAACCACAGAAGCCACCAGUGCUGCCCAAACCAGCCUCUACUCCGCAGGUUCCAGCGAGGGGAGGGGGGGCGUUGCCUUACCAGCCUCCUCGCCCAGCGCCAGGGCUGUAACAGCCUUCACGCUCCCCGCAGGAAGAGCCACCCUGAAGCUGCUCCGUGCCCCUCAGGACAGCUGAUCUUGACACCCCACAGGGGGCGGCGCACUGCCUGCGAUGUCUGAGGUGGACAUAUCGGAGAGCCCGAUGGAGGAGGAGAGCCAGACGGAGGCCCCAGCCCACAGCCUCUCCAACUUCUCCUCCAAGCUGCGGGCCAUGAUCCGGAUCCGCCGCAAGUACCAGGUGAUGAAGAAGCGCCGCGCGGAGAUGAACGGGGAGCCGGCCCGGUCCGUCAACCCCAUCCAGCGGGCCAUGGCGCCUGAGGUCUUCACCUUCGACCGCGCCUCCCUCAGCCCCAGCCUCCUCCGCAAGAGGAAGAAGAAGAGGAAGUCCCGCGUCCUGUUCCCGAACGACAGCCGGAAGUACCUCCCCGCCAAGGAACGCAGCCGGGCCAAGAACUGCCUCUUCAUGCUGAGCAUCAUCGUCUUCAUCCAGGUGUACAACGCGAUAGAGAACCUGGAUGACCACGUGCAGAAGUACGACUUGGAAGGACUCGAGAAGACGAUGAAGCGCGAGGUGUUCGGCCAGAGGGAAGCCAUGGAGAGCAUCCAGGAGCUCCUGACGGAUUAUCUCUCCACCUACGUCCACAAUAAGCCUCUGGUCCUCUCCAUCAAUGGCCCCAGUGGCGUUGGCAAGAGCCAUCUGGGCCGCAUAUUGGCGCGGCACUUCCGCUCAGUGGUUAGCGAGGAGCUUGUCCUGCAGUACUUUGUGUUGCACCACUGCCCCCUAGAGGACCAGGCCCCGCAGUGCGCCCAGGAGCUCUCCACCCGCAUCGCCGAGAUGGUGAACCACGGGGAGGCGGAGGAGAAGAUCCCCGUCUUCAUCUUCGACGAGGUGGAGUUCAUGCACGGCGAGCUGCUGGACUCCUUGCACGGCCUCUUCCAGGCCAACCAGACCAACGAGUUCCUGAACGCCAUCUACGUGCUCAUCAGCAACAUCGGCCAGGGGGAGAUCACCAAGUUUGUCCUGCAGAACUCCUCCAGCAACGACUCCUUCGGCAAACACAAGCUCGGCCAGGAGCUGGGGAAGCAGCUGAGGGGCAACCUGGUCCACUACCACUCCGUGUGGGCCGAGGCCGACAUCGUUCCCUUCUCGCUCUUGGAGAAGAGCCACGUCAUGGCUUGCUUCCUGGACGAGAUGACCCGGGAAGGUUUCUACCCCGACAGCUCGCACAUCGAACGCUUGGCCGCGGAGAUCUCCUACUACACAGCAGGCGACCGCGAGUACUCCAUGAACGGCUGCAAGCAGGUGGUGGCCAAGGUCAACCUCUUGUAGUGCAUUCCUGGGGAGGGGAGGGCAAAGCACGUGGACCCUUUGACCUUUGACACAGGAAGGGGAAAGAGGGCGCUGCCGGCAACGGUGGGCAGGGCGGGCAAACUGCAGGCAAGCGGACCCACUGGAGGCUCGGGGAAGAGACUGCACCAGGGGAGAUGUGUUGGCAAGACUUAAAGCACGGUCUUUGUCUCCCGUGCGGGGGGGGAAGGCAGGACAAUGAGUCAAGCUGCCAAGAGACUUAGCAGCCAUUCUGUAAAGUGCAGAACAAUGUUUUGUUUUUUUUAAAUCACUGGAUCGGAAUUCUUUGAGCUUUAAUUUAUUUAGCUUUGGCCAAUAAACCUCUUCUUGAAAAAGCCA